GGUUUUAUCCUUUCCUUCUCUCCCCCCAAACCCACCGGCAAUCACAUGCCCAGCCAUCACCAUGCCCUAACCCCCUUUCUCACCGAGCCUGUGCCCCUAACCCCCCUCUGCACGAACCAACCUCUGCCUCCCUCUGCACCGAAUCAGCCUCCUCUGCUCUCUGCAGCCCAGAUCCCCUUUGCUCUGCCCUGCACCGAGCUAGCCAUCAUCACCCCUCACUGCCAGCCAUCAUGCUCCUGCACCUCCCUUGCUUCUGCGCCCAAAUCCCAUGCCUUCUGCGCCAAAUCAACCCCUCCCCAUCACCGGCAAUCAUGCCUCUCCCUGCACCGAACCCACGCCCCUCCUCUGCGCCUCACUGCCGGCAAUGAUGGCCCCUACACGCCCGAGCCAUCAUCAGCACUCCACGCCCCUACCUGCCUUGCACCCGAGCCUUGCUCCUGCACUUGACCGUGCCUUCUGCUCCCAGAUAUCCCCUCUGCGCGCCUGAUCCUGCAAUCACGCCCCUGUUGCUUGCACGCCAGCCACUGCUGCUGCACCGCGCCUGCACUCCUGCUCGCUACAGUACAUGCCAGACGAAAUCUUCAUCAUUAUUGAUUGACAGGAGCAAGUCUUUUUAUUUAUUUUAUUUUUUAUUUGGGUAUAUAUAUAUGAAAAAAAGAUCUGCCGAAAAAAAGGUUAGAGAGUUUUUGAAGUUUGAUUGAGAGGGAGGGUCUGUGGUUGAUUGAUAUUUGGAGUUUGAUUUUGAGUGGAUUUUGGAGCUCGGUUUUUGUAUCCGUUGACGGAGGGCUUAUUUGCUGUGUUUGCUUCUGUUUAGGUAAAUCUUCUAACAGAGGAGUUUUCUGGGAACGGUAGUGAAGGGGACGAUGGGAGCCUGGUCUCGUGGGUGGGAUCCCUACCAUCAGAUCUGGAUCCAUUUUUCACAGAAAAUUCUGCCGUGGAUGUGUUGCUUUUUUUUGGUUGAUUUCUCUGUUUUUUUUUCGUUUAAUGUUCAAGGUGAUAUGUAUUCUCUUGAAAAAUGAAUGAAAAAUCAUAUAUUUG